AUGAGCGCCGAUAGAGCACUAGAAGGUGAUAGAAAGGAUCCGGCUUCUUCCUCCUCAGGCUGUUCCGACUCCAACGAGUUUAGCCACGCCGCCGCCAAAGUCGCAGUAGCUCAGGUCUGCGAGAGCGUCGGGUUCGAGCAUUUCAAGGAUCCAGCUCUCGAAUCCCUUGCCGGAUUCGCAGUCCAGUACAUUCUUCAGCUAGGUAAAACUGCUACCUCCUUCGCUAAUCUAACUGGUAGGAGUCAGUGUAACGUGUUCGACAUCGUUCUCGCCUUGGAAGAUUUGGCCGGCGAUGCCGUCCAGGAACGAAUCUCGUCUGAGAGUUGCUCCGCGGGGCGUUCGGUCAAACUGAAGGAAAUCAUCGAUUUCGUGAACUCGAGUGAAGAAGAAACCCCUUUGAUGCAGCCAUUGCCGCAUUUUCCUGUAGCUGUAAGGGAACGGAUGAUUCCAAGCUUUGUUGAGAUUGGUGAAACCCCACCGGGGAAACACAUUCCUCUUUGGCUACCAGCUUUUCCCGAUCCUCAUACGUACAAGGAAACGCCAAUGUGGAUAGAAAGGGCUCCAGAUCCUAGAGGAGACAAGAUUGAACAAGCGAGGCAGAGGCGGAAGGCGGAGAGAGCUUUGCUGAGCUUGCAGAGGAAACUCGUCUGCAAGGUUUCUUCAGGGAAUCACGCGUGGGGAGAUAUCGAUGGUGUGAGAGAAGCUGAGAGUGAAAUGCGUUCUGUGUCGCCUUCGACGUCGGGGGAGAAAGUUGAAUCUUUGAACAGAGAUGGGUUAUCGGUGAUUGAGGCGUUUGCUCCUGCCAUGGAAACUGCAAGAGAUGUGGUUUUCAGUGAAGCUGACACUGACUGGAAGAAGAAGAAGAAACCUGUUCUUCUCUCUAGGCUCAGAACCGAGAAGAAGUUUCUCGGAGAGCCGUUGGAUCUAAGUCUGCGGAUGAAGGGUGAAGAUAGACCCUUGUCCUUUGUGCGUGAGGAGGAUAGGGAUGACAAAAGGAGGAGAGCAGAGUUCAUUUUGAGACAGUGCAUGGAGAACCAAGUGGACCUUAAUCAGUUGUAA